AUGGCGAAUGAAAGCGAUUCCCUUCCUGCCAGCCAAGCCCUGAGAAUAUGUGCAGUAAGGGAACUAUUCGAGGAGACUGGGAUCCUCCUGGCUUGCGAUAAAAGCGACGAAUCUAAGCCUCCCCAUUUGCUUGCCUGUCUGCUAAGCCACAGCGACUGCAAAGCAUGGAGGAAAAGAGUACAGGAGAAAGCGGGCUCGCUGGCAUUGCUUUAUGGAGAAUUAGGCCUUAAGCUUCCGCUUAGCGCGCUAGAGGAGUGGUCAAACUGGCUUACCCCUGCACAUAACAAGAAGCGCUUCGAUACCAUUUUCUACUACGCGGGGAUAUCUGGCCUAAAAUAUUUAAAUGGGGGAUCAUCAUCUGUAAUAUCUGAGCCAUCUGAAGAAGUUCACUCAUUAUACCUUGAUUCCCCAGCCGCCUUCCUUUCACAUAAUCCAAACGACGAGGGACCUGUCUUUAUGAGCACUACAAAGUCCCCUCUAAUGCCUCCACAGGCCUACGAGCUUUGCCGCGUAAUUAGAUUCCCUCAUGUCGCACAGCUCACGAGGUUCGCCAGACAAAGGGCCAGCUUCGGUUGUCGGCGAUGGAACUGCGUCCUCGCAUAUGCCAAAUGCAAUAAAACAAAUGAUUCAUUGGUACCCAUGUAUUUGCUACCAGGUGACAAAAGGUAUAAAGAUGCCCAUGAAUUUUCGGAAGAGCACGGGGAAACAAUAACCUUAACAGGAGAUUGGCAAAGCGAUUCACAUCUUAAUAGACUUUUGAUAAUGCGCAAGCAAUACCCCGGGCUCUGGUGGAAAUCAAAUAUUUUCGACCUGGGACAUGUCCUGCCCGUCACUUUAGAAGAGUUUACGAUGAACUAUGCCCAGAACUAG